AUGGGUUGUGGUUAUGUUGUCAUAUCAAUCUUUUUGUGCUUUUCGUUCACGCCUUACUGCAUCACUUUGGCUAAAUCAACAGAUGUAGGUGGCAAUUUACAAAUGAAUAAGAAGAACACCACUCUUUUCAGGCAUAUGCCUUUUCCGUUUGUCAAAAAUCAAGAUGGAGGAGGCAAUAUUAUUUCUCAUUAUGCUAUGUGGCGCACUAGACCAGGAGGAUUCUAUGGCCUUCGAGCUGAAAUUAGUAUAUGGGGUUCACCAAAUCAAGAAUACUCUCAAGACUCCGGAGCAUCCAUACAAAUUUAUUGUCAAGAUGGAGGACACUACAACUUAAUUGAAGCCGGGUUUCAUGUAUCCCCUUCUUUGUAUCAUAAUAGAGAUGUCCGUUUCUUCACAUAUUGGACGAAGGACUUUAAAUCAGCGGGCUGCUACAACUUGCGGUGCAAAGGAUUUGUUCCUGCAAGUGGAGCUGCACUAGUGCCUGGGCAAGCAGUUACUCCCCCAUCAAGUUAUGGCGAGUAUGACCACUACGUUAGGCUUAGUCCUAAUAAGGAUCCCAAAUCCGAAGAUUGGGUGGUGUACCGUCACGAUUUGCAAACCCCGUCGUUCUUGGGUUAUUUUCCAGUGCAACUUUGUUCUGGAACACCGCGUAUAGAAGCAUUGACUGGAUUUGUCAAUUACUUAAAAAGUACUCAUGGUCCUCCAAUGGGUAGUGGUCACUUUCCUGAUGAGAAGGAUGAUGACAAGACAACAGCGUACUUCAGGCAUGUUAAGAACUACGACUCCAAAGGUCGCGCUUUCGAACCAGUUACAGUUAAUAUGACCCCUUUAGUUGACAAGCCGGAUUGUUACACGGAAACUGAUUUCCUUCCUGGUAUCAACAAGGGGUACCAUUUUCACUAUGGUGGACCAAGUGGUUGUGUUGGUUGA